AUGGAUUCUUAUUUAGUUUUCAACUACUCUACCGAUCCUAAACAAUUACAAGAGGCUGUAAACUUUUUUAUUAAACAUUUAGAACAAGGUCAUUUUAAAUCAAUUAUAGGCAAAACAUAUAAUGGUAUAGAGUCAAUCAUUGAUGCAUAUAAAUAUUUAGAAAAAUCAGAUUUAUUUGGUAAAAUAGUAAUAAAAUUAUAA